AUGAAACUGCAGCAGCGGCUCGAACAUCAUCUCGCCCUUGUGUUCUUGCUGGCCCUGCUGCAGCUUGCUUCAUCGGCGUUCUACACUGGCAGUGCUCAAGUUUCGCUUGCCUUGGACCCUCCCGCGGCAGGACGACCUGCCACCUUAACCUUCACUAUCAAACCGACCGAUCCGAUCACAAGUGGAGAUUCGCUGCGAUUCUUGCUGUCUCGAUUUCAGAAAUGCGGGUAUGACUGCACAGAGCAGGUGCAAGUGGAGCAAAAUGAUUACACAUCUGAUGUAGCCACUUGGUUCGAGGGCAACUACACUCUGGUGUUCACAUUCAUCAACACCUUAGCCAGUUCCAGUUCGUUGUCUCUUAAGGUUUCAUCCACACAAAACAUCAAGAUUCCAAAUGGUGGGCUAACUCAAAAUGAUCCUCUUGUUCAAUACUGUGUGGAACAGUCUUGCCCGUGCUCUGUGCCAGCUAUUGGGUCGUUUUACAGCCCAUUUCCCAAUCAACCUCUUCAGCUUGUGUUGACACAUCGGUAUGAUAUUGGUUCUCCUUUGAAUGCCAAGCUCUCUUUCUUUAACGCAAUGCCCCUGCAGCUCUCUGAUAUCAUAACCGUCUCGUUGCCGUACUUUUAUGGAAGUUCGUCGCAGGGGACACCUGUAGCAGGGAUUCCUUUUUCAAUCUCAUGGAACAAUGAAACAUUUGAGUUGUCCAUGACGUACACUUCUUCUCAACCAUACACUUCUGAAUACCAUGUUCUCAACAAUCUCUUCGACACUCUCGAAAUUUUCGCUCCUUCUAUCGGUGUCGAAAACUCUUUCCCGGUCUUGACGAUUCAGUCAGACGCAGCUCAAGGUCCAGUUCCUCCGACCGCGAUACAAACUUCUUUCCUCCCCGGCAAAGUCAAGACCUCCAAUGUUUCGUUUUGCAAUUGCAGCUGCGUCUUCGACGGGUUUGAAUGGAUGUGUCAUCGAGAUACUCCAGCGCCCGGAGCAAGUGCAGAGAUUGAGUUUGUCAUGGAAUUCAACGUCAAUCUAUCAUACGGCCAAACAAUCUCAAUGGUGAUGUCGAACAUCAGCGCCAACGAUCAAUCAAACAUCCCCCUUUCACUUCAUUCCAUCAAAACUUUUGCUCCUGGAUCAAAAUCUGUUUUCUGGUUGGAAAGAAAUCCCUAUGGUUGUUUGACUCAAGCUCAGUGUUCUUCCUUGGAAUACGCUUCAGGUUCAAUCUUCUCACAAGCGUCUUGGUCCAACAAGACCUCAACGCUAGAGUUUACCAUGAAUGCAGAUAUUCCCAUGAACACAUUGAUCAGAGCAGUGAUACCACAAUCUGCUGGAUUUCAGAUUCCUAAAGAUGGUAUUCCGGCUAGUUAUCACGAUGUAUUCAUGAAAUCUUCAGGCUCCAAGUCUAGCAUAGAGUUUGCCCCUUUCAAACACAUCGAAGCAGUGUCGCUGUUUGAUUUCUUUUCAGUUUCUUUCGAUCCUCCAAGGCCUUUCCAGCAGGCUGAUGUUUACAUCACGUUUUCCAAGAGCACUGACAUCUUCCCGGGAGACAUCCUAGCUUUGUUUCUUCCGGGCUUUCAUUUCAAUAUCUCUGAAUUCAAUGAAAUUGGAGCCACAAAGACGAAAUUUUGUAUCUUGCCAGCGCAAAUCUACUAUCAGCAGGAGAGCUUCAAAAGCUAUGGGAACCUGACUCACAGACCGUUUGAUUUCAUCAGCCCCAUUUCUCCACUCCUCUCAGCUUCUUUCCACUACAUCUCAGUCCAAGCUGGGCAAGUUUCCGCUUUUCGCUUGACGCUGCUUACUCUCGACUUUGUUCUAAAACGGGGAGAUGAAGUUAUCAUAACCCUCAAUGGUUUCUCCAAGGUCGGCGACGGGCUGCUGAAUCAGAGUUCGCUGAUAGGGCAGUAUUUUGAAGCUGCUUUCUUCAAUGCUUCGUCCAGUCGUUUGGUCCUUACCGUCAACCAAACCUUGUCCAUGUACUUCGUCGAAUUCUUACACGACGUUGGAAUUGCAUUUCCCCCGGGAGGGAUCGAGAUUGACAGUCGAUUGGUCUCAAUCGAACUCAACACGACCAACUAUGGCAUCAUUCACAAAUACUUCAUACCAAACUUGCCUCCCCUGGGCGCCUUCUAUCAACCGGUCAAUCUUUCCUUCUCCAACCCCAUCGCAAGUCAAUUCACUUCUUUCCAAUUGAACGUUAGCUACUUCAGAAUGUUGCAGACAGGCGAUGCCUUGAUACUUUCGCUCUCGGAAUUCGGACACAAAACUUCUUCUGCUUUCAACGUGAUUUCGAGACCUCCAGGAGUCUUUUCAUAUUGCAGCUUUGUGAAUCAGACCUUCUCAAUCUCCUGCGUCGUGACCUCUCAGCACAAGAUUCCUCCCUUCCAACAGUUUUCAAUCACGGCUGUUGACUCAGUCCUCCAACUUCCCACUCAUGGAGUGCUUCUUCCGUCUUCGACUUGUGUCAACACAUCCCAAGCGUGUCCGAUGGCUAUCGCUGUCUCUGCUCAACGAGGAAGCGUGUACGCAAAUCCUCGCUACUUCAUCAGGAAUUAUCGUCCGAUCGGCACUUUCCGGUUCUCAUCAGUGUCGUUUGAUCCUGAGACUCCCGGCAACGUGACGGAGAUUCAACUCACCUUCACUCUGUCGUUCGACAUGAAGGAGAAGGACAGGAUGACGAUGUUGAUGCCUUACCUGGUCGCAAGAGACGCAAAGGGAUCGUUCGAUCUCGGUAACACCUCCGGGUUUCAGCAGGGGCAGUGGACCAGGGAGACCGGCGGCAUCCUCUUCUCAUUUGAAAGCACCCUCGCCGUUCCCUCGGGCAAGCAGCAAACGCUUCUCGUCCCUCGCAUGAGCGGAUUCUCGAUUCCGCCUCAAGGGAUCAGCUACGGCCUGAAGGCUGAAACCUUGUUGGCCUAUGCUGGGGAGCAAGGCAACAUUGUCAGCACACCUGUUGCAUUCAUAGUCUUGAAGGGAAAGUUUGAGAGUGUGCAGCUGAUAGUCUCGCCCAUGAUCGCUGGCUCAGAUGUCCAUGUUCAAGUAAGUUUCCGGCCGUCGAUGACGAUCAGUGCCGGAAGCUACGUGCGACUUCGAUUCCAUCAGUUCCUAGUAACGGCUGGGGCAAUGAGCACACAAGUCGGCAUGACCGUGAACCCGGACUUACCGGCCCCUCAGAAUCUCAUGGAAAGAGGGAGCUUUGCUUCCGGGGAGCUCACGGUCUCCAUCACUAGGGAGAUUGCUUCUCGUUCUCUUGUGCUUGUUGACGUCCCUCCAAGCAUGAACCUCAGCGUCCCGUUUGCCGGCAUUUCAAACGCAACUCCAGCUCUGUUUCUAUCGACAGAUACUGUGCAGGGCCCUGUAGACGGACAAGCUGUAUAUGUGAACGUGUAUCCUUUCUUCAUGCAGAAUGCCAUCACCUUGAACUAUGCCAGUCCUGUCACCGUCAACAUUCAGCUGCAAGCAAGGAACAAGAUCAACAAGGGCUCCACCUUGGACUUGUACUUGAACUCGUUCUUGAAACGCUCUUGCUCGCCCACCGGCUGCCCCAUCCAGCUUGACGUGAAGAGGAUUGCAUACGCGUCAGCGUCCACGUCAUCGGUGGGCUCAUGCCAGUGUCAGAACCUUGCGUAUCCUGCAGCAGGGCGCCAGUUUUUGUUCUUUGGUUCAACCUGCCUAGCCUGGAAUCUCUAUCUCCAGAACCCUUGCAAUCAGCCUCACUGUUGUAGCAACUUUUGCUUCGUCAAACCGACUUGUCCGACCGCAACACCCUGGGACUACAACAACAAUGUUUACGUAUCCUAUGAAAAUUGUGCAAACAAUCAGAGUCAGUACUGCCCGGUCACUUACCAGGUCACAAGCCGUGAAGGAGGCACCUGGUAUCCUGAGCUACAGAGGCUUUCUUUCAAGAUUUCAGAGGACGUGUUGGCUUAUUCCCCUCUUGUCCUGAGCAUAGCUUCGGAUCAAGGUUUUUACACCCGCCAGGAGGGAAUCCCUGGUUCUGAUCCGUUCUUGAUGUUUCAAGAUGGAAUAAUCGCAGGAAAACUACCUCUGAUGUUUCAAAACCGUACGGGGGCGUUUGAAAACUCCUCUAUGACCAGCUCCAAAGAUUUGUCUGCUGGAGAGACUUCAGAGUUUUCUCUCAAGUUCAUCGCAAACAUUGACAUACUAAGCGGCGAACACGUCUUCGCGUACCUGCCUGGAUUCUCAUCGCCACGUCAGACCAUUCCGUUUGCUUUCCUAUGCAACAGCUCGUCGUCAGCUUUCUCGCGAGGAGUCUGGUAUCCUUCCAACUUCACGCUUGUCUUUCCCGUGGCAAACAACAUCACAAGGAAUAGCUCGAUCAUCAUCGUCAUUCCUAAAGAUGUUGUCUUCGUCCCGCUUCACGGAUACAAUGCUUCCCGUCCCCUCCGUCUCUUCACUGACGCCAGUGUUUGGCCGACGUCUCCUGAGACUGGCGACCAGAUUGAAUUUCCGAGCAUAGGCGCUCUUUGGAACACGAUGGUCACUUUCCAUCCGCCCCUGGUCGACGAACGUCUGCAGCUCAACUUUUCCUUCACUCCCAUGGUCUCUCCCCGGCUCGGCGACCGAGUCUUCCUCUACUUGUCUGGGUUUGCUGGCCCCAGCCAGGAGGAGCAGCGAGUCAGCGCGUCUCAAGCAGCUCUUGUUCUUGUGUUCAUCCGGGACGACCUCGCUGCUGGGACCGACUGCUUCAUCUCCCUCCCCUCCUCCUGCACGUUCGUCCUCGCCGAUGGCUCAUGUCGCAACGACAGCGCCAUCUCCCUGCCAUCGAAGGCCCUCACGAGCUACAGCCCAGCUGCGUUGCAGUUCGCUGGUUCCUUCAUCAACGGUCGAGUGCUCGCAACUUCUGUAGCCAUGAGCAGCGCAAUCUCAGCUGCUCCUGCCAUGAACGCGCUGGCUGGGCACUGGGAGGGAACGACCUUCCUGUCGGCAGGCGUCUACUCUGCCAACCGCCUCCUGCAAUCAAUGUCUUGUCUCAGCCAAGGGCUCCAGUGUCCCAGCUCCUCAUCUUACUCAUGCGAUGUCUGGUCGCUUCCGACGAGCUUGGACGUGGAACGUGCGUCUGCUAGGCUUCAAGUCACCCCGACCACUCGAACGCCCUUGGGGUUCACCCACACGUUCUUCUCCGGGAGCUUCACGUCAGACCUGCUGCUGCUGCAGUACGACAUGUACCACCUUGUCAUGACAAACAUGACCGAGAAGAACCAGACAAACUUCAUGCAAGCUGUCAACAGCUCGAACCUUUGCGCGUAUGCUAGGCCGAUGUAUCUGGUCGACACGAACAUGUCGUAUCAACUUGCGAUGGAGCUAGUGCUGGACUUCACAUUCGAGACUCUCAGGUUCGACCGCCUCUAUCUCAUCUGCCGCGUCAACGUCUCUGGCUCCUCUCAGUUCAACCCCUUGGGCUUGCAACUUGCGGAUCCCAACCGUCUGCUGGCCCUCCAGCUCGCCCUGGCUACCCUAGCCCAAGUGUCCCCCAUCAACGUUGUCUUCGCCUCCUCCGCCAACUUCUCCAACGGCAGCACCUGCUCUGACAGCCUCUCCUGCCUCCUUCAGUUCUAUGUCUUUGCCGAGCACGAGUGGCAGCAGCUCGACCUGCGGCUGUGGGUCUCCAAGUUCCAGGCUGCGGUGGAGAGUCAGCAGUUGACGCAGGAGACGCUCAAGGGGCAUGUCAACGUGUCUCUCUCCCUCGCCGAGCCCUUCAGUUGGUGA